UCCGCUCAUUUCUGUUAGAGUGCUUGGAGACUUCACUUCGCGUUUGGAGGAUCAGAUCCACGUUGGUUUUUGGCUUCAAUUACCCACAACUGUCAUCGUCAGCCCAGUCAGCGCCUUGCUAACUAAACUAGAUAAUAAAGUAAUCACAACCCCGCGCUCCCCUCCCUCUCUCUCGGUCGUGUUAGUGCGCCCCGCGAUUAAUAAAAGAAAAGAAUUAAAAAGGAAAGCAAAAGGAAAACUGACAGCGUUUUCCUCUCGCAGCUGAGAAAAACCGCAGGACGCAGCUCAGCAGCAGCGUCGCAGUCGUGUGCGUUGUGCAUAAGAAAAAAAGAAGAAAAAAAAUCUUGAAAAAAGAAAUCCUGUAAUAUUGCAGAAAAAAACCGUAAUUCGCCACUUGAAACGAAGGAAAACGAGGAAAAACAACUGCGUCGUGCACCAUUUUGUGAUAUAUUUUUUGCCCUCCUCCUUCUUCAACGAUCCCUGUGCAAUUCUCUGUUAAAGAAAAAAAUUAAAAUAAUUACUAGCAACCAAUUGAAUUUCUGCGAGACCAACAUAACACACAAAAAUUUCCAACUACUGUGAUCCGAACAAAGCUCUAAGUUUUUGUUUCAAGCCUGUGUAAUUUCCACCCACAACGAAUUGGAAAACUCGUACUCCGGAUUAUUUGCGGCAGUCACGAAGCAAAAAACACAAGCGCAGCCUAAUAAUUGGACGAACUGAUUAAACAACAGUUAAAACAAGGCCCGCAAAAACAACGGCGGAUCAACAGUUGCCAGUUGCGAGUCGCAAGUUGCAAGUCGCUAGUUGCACGUUGCCAAUCUGAAAAUUGCACGCUUCCACGACUGAGAGCAGGAAGGAAAGGAAUCGCUGCCGCAGCAGGAAGCAGACGAAACUUCGCUGGGCGAAAGUAAAAGCAGGCUAGGCAAAUCAAGCAAAUCAAACAAAGAAACCGACCGCACAGACACACAAAGGCGCUCUAGCCAGCCAUGGAACGUGAAUCUAACCCAAUGCAACCCAUGUGCCGCUCAGGUUGCGGCUUCUAUGGUAAUCCAGCCACAGAUGGUCUCUGCUCCGUAUGCUAUAAGGACUCGCUUAGAAAAAAGCAACAGCCACCUGUGAGCAGCACACCUGUCUCCGUUCCAAGCCCACAACCUAGCCCCACAUUCAGUCCGGCCAUCGCAAUCACCAACACCGCACAGCCCACAGUCACCAGUUUACAACAGCCACACAACGAUGUCAAAGAGAAAAUCACCGAAGAAGCCGCCGCUGCUGCCAAAGUCAACAGCGAAGCCAUCACAUCGGCGACUGGUCCAAACACUUCCACACAAGCAGCCGCCUCCGCCAACGAGGAGGAUGACAAGGACAAGGAAGACGAUAAGGAUGCCAAAAAGAAGAAGAACCGAUGUGGCGAGUGCCGCAAGAAGGUUGGACUGACCGGUUUCCAGUGUCGCUGCGGCGGUCUGUACUGCGCCGUGCAUCGUUAUUCUGAUAAACAUAACUGCACAUUCGAUUAUAGAGAGCAUGGCGCACAGGAAAUCCGACGCAACAAUCCGGUUGUCGUUGGCGAGAAGAUUCAAAAGAUUUGAAUUUCGAUAUUGUGCCAGUAACAGUAACAGUAGCCGUAGAAUGAUAAUAACCAACUACACAUAAUAAGAGUACAUAUAUAUAUAUAUGCUGCGCUAUAACAAGGAAAACAACAACCAACCAACAACCCACAACAGCAAAAACAACAACUUCAGAAAGCAUAAACACACACCCACACACAACACAAAAAUACACAGAGAGUAAUACUAAAAGAAUCGAUAUAAAACUGUAAUUGUAAUGUAAUUAUAAUGUAAACAGCAAAAGCAAGCAACAAUAGUUCAGAGAAACGAUAACCAAAUACCCCGCAAAAAAUGCAGCAACAACUGGAACAACAAUUUCGAUGCUCAACAACGUUAAGCUAGCAACGUCCAGCAGCAACCUGCGGCAGUAACUUGCCAUAUGCAGCAGCAAAAACGCAUCAGCAAGCAGCGUUCAGCAGCCAACACCUUUGUACAUCUUGAACCAGACGCGUGACAGCGUUAGCAAGUGCAACAACAAUCACCGCCGCGUUUGUGGAAUCCGAACAACAGACGCAGCAACAUCAACAACAACCAGCACAACCGAUUGCCUUGGUCGCCUGCUGAGCUGGGCCGAAAAAAACAGUUUUGAAGAAAACAUCAUUCAUUGAUUAACGUUGAAAUAAUUUGUUAUUCCAAAUACAAUUUGAAAAUUGUUUGUAUUUAGCUAAAAACACAACAAAGAACACACCGCCACAUUUACAACGACAACAAGCACACAACAAACAACAAACCUUUGUUUCAUGUUACCAAACACCGCAACAAUCUUUUAGUAGACAAUGUGUGUCAUUUGUUUUUGUAAUAUGUUGGAGUGUAUUAAAUAAAAAAAAAAGUAAAUUAAAAAUGCAAAGUAUGAACAGAAAUUUUAAGAAAAAUUUAACAAGCCCAAAUUCACAUACAAAAAACCAACCAAGCAACCAACUCUUUCUCAAUUCUUAAUUAUCAGCUAUUAAAUGAAAAAAGAAAAAACUAAUAUAUAUUAAUUAAUUAUGUAUAUGUAUUAAAAAAAGAAAAAGCAAGAAAAAAAUAUGCAAAAAUUAAGCGUAAAAAAACAAAGCCCUCACCACACAAAAAAAAUGUAAAAAAAACCUGAAGAAAAGAAACCAAGAAUAACGCAGUUGUGUAGAGCUCCCUAAAAAGUUUGCUAAGAAUCCACGACCACGCUACCCACGAGCGAGAGAGAGAAUAGCUAUAGAGAGAGAGAGAGAGAGAGAGAAGCGCGAUUAGUGUAAAGCAACUUGGAGCAUAACAACUCCCUAUACAUAGAAAUCUAAAUAUAAUUAUAAUUAAUUAGUGAAUCAAAGCAGGCGAAUGCAGUGCAAGCGGCGUUUUUUUCUUCGUUUUACUUUUUGCCCUCCUGUCCCUCUAACAUUAAAUUGAAUUGAUUUUAAUUUUCUGAUUUUCGAUGAAUUAUAUAUAUAUAUAUGCAUAAUAUUAACUAUAUCUACAUCUAUAUAUGGUAGGAUAUGUAAAUCGUGUGAAGCAUACACACAUAUAGUUUCUUUGGGUAUAUGCACAUUAAGGCGAAAAACAAAAGAUAAAAAACCAUUUAAAAAGCAUAUUCUAUCUAUAUAUAUAUAUAGCGGUUACAAAGAAAAUUCAGCAAAAAUGGCAAACAAAAAAUGCAAAAAAUACAAUAAAUAUAUAUGGUUCGUCUUUAGAUUUUUAUUGCUUUAAGCGUUAUUUAGUUUUUCUUUGUUUAUAUUAAAACACACAUGCGUACACAACAAAACAACAAACCCCUUUUUAAUUUAGCUUUCUCCAUUCUGUAGUACAUAAUUUACAAUUUUAUUCAAAUCAAUUACACCUAUGCAAAUAAAUUUAAAUCUAGAAAUAAA